CCGGCCCCUCCAGCGCCCGCCGGCAGCCGGGCGCGCCGCCUCCUCCUCAGAUCUAUGAAGCUCCAAGCCUGACCUCGUCGGCGACCGAAGCGCGGAUCCAAGAUGCCUUCGCCCGUGCGGGGCUGUUGCUCGAAUUUGCGCCGCCUCCCCUGCGACGAUGCACUCGCCUGCCCCUCUCAAUCCUUGCUGUUGUGUGUCUUCAUUUUCCUCAUCUGAGAGUUCGGUUCCUUCGAUUAGAACCAAAACCGAACCGAAUUAACCAAAACCGAAUUUUCUCGGUUCUUACGUAUGGAAAGAACCGAUCGGUUCCUAUUUUCUAGGAACCGAACUUCCGUGGGAACCGAGGUCGGUUCCACCCGAAUGCCCAGCCUGAGUGCCUUUUGCCUUAUCCUUGUUCGUUGCUACCUUUCAUUUGAUUCCCUCUCUUGUUUGUCAUGAAUUGGUGCUAGGAACAAGUAUAGGCCAGCAACUAGGUAUCACGAACCAGCCACCGGUUGUACCAUCCACUGCUAGCGCUGGUAAGAAUCUUGUAAUGGCUUGGUAAGACGCUUUAUUUUGUUGUGUUGAGAGGCACCAUUAUGCACUUUCAUAGUAGUUGAUAGGGAUAAUCUUUUGUUGUCUUUCUCCUAUUGCUAACCUUUUGUAGGACAACAUGAGUAAUGUAGCCCAACAAGUGUUCAGUUUACAAAUGGAGAAGGUAGAGAAAAAUGAGUGCAACUAUUUGUUCCAGACUUACUUUGUUGUGAGGAAUCGACGUUGUCGUGUCAUCAUUGACUGUGAUAGCAACCGUAACAUUGCAAGUUUGGAGUUGGUCGAGAAGCUUGGUUUGACCACACAACCACAUCCAUGUCCGUACUAUAUCCAAUCGGUAAAUUCUUGUGACAAUAUAAUGGUAGAUAAAAUUGCACGCAUUGAAUUUUUCAUUGGUACUUAUAGGGAUAGUGCAGGAUUUGAUAUAAUACCUAUGCAAGCAUGUCAUUUAUUGUUUGGUCAACCAUGGAAUGAUAUAAACAAUAUUUUGCAUAAUACGGUUGCCAAGAAAUUCUCUUUUAAACAUACCGGUAGAAAAAUUACUCUUAUAGCUAUGAACGCGGCUGAAAUUUUAGAAGCCGAUCUUGAAAGAGCAGAGAGAAGAAAGAAUGAGUCUUUUAGAAAAAAAUGGAUUAUUUCAGAUGUUAUAGUGCCUUCCUCUAGAUUUGAUUUUGUACAAAAUGAAGGUAUCACUUUGUCUACUAUUGGAACUAAUAUUUUGCAGCAUGUAUCUAAAAAAGAAGACAAGGUGAUAGAGAAUAAACAGAUAAUUGUCUCAGAUAAGAGCUCUCUUGAUGUGCUGAAAUUGUCCACCACUCAUGCUACAAUAGACCAACAUUUAGUGGACACCAAAUCUAAUUUGGCUUUGUCACAUGAUGAAUAUUGUACUGAUUUUUGUGAUAAACAAGAGUUGUGUGAUAGUUCUAUGUUCAUCCCUGUGCCACAACUUGUGAAGGAAACUGAUCUUUUUGUUUUGGAACCAAAGACUUAUGCUAAAAAUAAACAUUUGAUUCCAAUUGCUACUGAAAAGGACGAACAGAAAUUGUUGUCUUCUUUAAAUACUUUAGGUUAUAUAGAGUUUGAUACUUUGUGUGCUCUUAGUAGUUUGGAGGUGAAAUUUAAAUGUGUUGGAUUGCCAUGGUUAUCUCGAUGUACAUAUCACUUUAUUGGCAAUUAUAAUUGUAAAGGAGCAUACAUGGUGCAUCGUGUCUAUAUGUGCUCAAAUCUGAAAUCUCCUUUGGUUGUGUAAGAAUUUGAUCAAGUAGAAGGUUGCAAUAACAAUAAUCAUAUCUUUUCGACAUCCCCUAGUUUUGUUUUAAAGAAAUAGGUUAACUUUAAAGAAACAGGAUGAUGAGGAUACGACCAUGAUAGUUAAAUACAAGGUGAGCUCGUUCCUAUAUUUGCAUAAUGAUUUUUGGUACAAUUCACUUGGUUCCACUUGUACAUGUCAAUCUUUGAUUGUAGGCACAUAUGUAAAGUUGAGCUUUCGGUGCGUCGGUAGACCGAUAGUGAAUCAGUGCGAAGGUCAUAACUCAGCCAUCCAGAGUGCUAUUGAGGUCCAUGAGCUCUUGAUGGAAAGCUUAUUUGAUAAGCUUUCAAAUAGAUCUGGUCCCACCUCAAUAUCUCAUAGGCAAGGUCUUCAAAUCAUCAAGACAUUCUGCCAUUGUUUCUGCCGGAAGCUACAUCAUCGUCAUGGGCUUGUUGUUCAUUCUUGGGAUCCUGGCCCAAGUUGGAGCACCCCCAAAGGAGGUGGGAGACAAACCAAGGAGUCCCUUGGACGUCAUCCACCUUGGCCACCACCUUAGGAGACCAGCAAAGGUGUCCAAGUCGAGUUGGAGGCCCAAUAUAUGUCAAGUUCGAGUCUGUUUCGGACUCCAGGAACAGCCCGCACUAAAAUGGAUGCCCAGGUCGCAUACAUAGUCAGAUUUGGGCGCACUUGGUAUGGAUGAAAAGAUAAUUUCAAGUCGCUUCCAAUGGCACUGGUGUCAGGUCCAAAUUUAUCCGGAGUCGACGGGAUUCGUCGAAAUAAGAUGAUGUCUAGAAUCUGUCUCAUGUUGCAUCACCACUUUUCGGUCUUUGGGUCAUGUAUCGAGUUGAACCCAUUAGGGGUGCGACCAGGGGGUCUUGCACAAACUAAACCCUUUAUUAGCUGCCACCACUGCCGGGUUUUGCUUAGAUUUAUUCUGUCAAGAACAGUUGUCGCCGUUCAUCGGUUUGUGAGACCCCAACUUUGAGUUAAUCAUUCAUCAGCAGAGUCACUUCAA